GCCUGUCAUCUAGACGUAUCGGACUUCGCGCGAAGUGCGGCGCCUCAUCUACUGCUGCCGCCCGGCCUUCCUUCCUCCCUCACCUCACUUCGUGGGCGCCGCUCGUUCGUAAUCCUCCACCAGAGUUUGGAAGCUCGCAGUCCGUAUCUUACCCCAGUCACUCUUUUUUUGGGCCCGGAGACAGCAGCGUUUGUUUUGACCGACACCGAUUGCUUAUUGCACAUACUACACCGCACGUCUGCACAUACACACGUGCAUACAUACAUACAUACACUCACUUGGCCAUAUACGACCGCAUCACGAUCUCACGCUGCUAAUACACCACCCUACACGGCUCCGCGCACCCUCGCACCCCCGGCAAACACGUCGACCACCUGUAGCACCCUGUGGCUCGCGUCUGCCUCGCAUAUAUUGCGACCAGACCCUGGAUUGGCGGAGGAGGAGAAACAUCUUGAAACAAUGCAACACCGCCAGAUGCACCACUUUGCGGGGAGGGCAGCCCACGUCGGUUCCACCAGUCGUACAAUGAUCGAGGAGGCCACCAAAGUCCUCGUCGCCAGAGGCACCUCAACAUGCACCAGCGACAGCGAGCCCGGCUGCACAAAGCCCACACAGGUCCCCACCCUGGCCAUCGCCCUGGCCAUCAUUGUCCCGGUUGCUGGCAUCUCGAUUGUGCUGUUCUUCCUGCACCGCAGGAAUCAGCGGAAGCUGGCUGAAGAGGACAAGGACAAAUACCGCUCCAUGGACUUCGGCCUCGAAGACAAGGGCGGCCGGGUCGGCGGGAAGAAGAGACCUGAGAUGACUGUCUCCGACAUUGAGAAGGAAGUAAACGGCACCCACGCCCGCGCCCUCUCCCUGGAACACGGAAGCCCAUACAUUCUGCCUGUUGGCCUGCACGGCUCUCGCGAGUCAUUCCAUUCGCUCUCGCGCUCAAACCACGACCCGCACGACCCAUACCGCCCGGUCACCUUCCUGACCGAUGCUGCCAGCGUCCGCAGCUCAAGUCGCGCAUACGGAAAAGACAACGGCUCCCUGUACACAUCGUCAAGCGCUGGAACAAGAGGAAAGAACGCCGACGGCCUUACCUCUGGCCUUCUGCAAAAUGCCCAGCGCAUGUCCACGUCCAAUCCUCUCCGCGGCGAAUCACUUUCUCCUGACGGCACACGGUCGCCCGUCCAGUUCCCUGACCCAACAGGCACACCGCUCAGCCCAUUGAACCCCCGUGCAAAUGAUAACUUCCCUGCACCCCCACCGCGUGCCGCAUCCCCUGAAGCCAAGAGCACCGGUCGACCGGCGAUCACGCAACAAUAUGCUGCCUUCAAGCCUGCGACCGAUGUCCCCAAGAUCAUGAUUCCAGACGCCGACGUCAAGAGUAAGUCAGUCAACAAGUCACCAGUCGAGCAAGCCGCCAGCUUCCCUCCUCGCAUUCAGUCCCAGCAGGCUGUCGUCUCGCACGGUCCUUCUCAGAGCAUUGUCAGCACGUCGAGCUACGGCGAUGCCUUCCAGGUCACACCUCCCUCGCCCCGCCAGACUCCGCCGACCAUCCAUGAAGCCCCUACACCUGUUGCACCCGCGCCUCUGCGUCCUCAGCCUUCGGCCGGGGCUAGACUGAGCAUCUACGAGAACGGCCAGAACAACCGUUUGUCCAUGAGCUUGCGCCCCAUGCCCCCCAUGCACGAUGACCCUGAAGAGAACCCCGAGGACCGUGCCAACCGCAUUCGAUCCUUCUAUAAGGAAUACUUUGACGACUCCAAGCCUGAGCCCGCCGGUGGACACCAGUACACCGACUACUACGAGGACUACACCUCCGAGUAUCUUGAUGGCGCCGUCUACGAUUCGCAAGCAAAGGGUUUCGUUGCAGCACAGCCCAACGCACCCUUUGCUGAGCCCAUUGUCCGCCGAGCUAUGACACCUCCCCCACGUGCGCCUCCUAGGUUCCGCAGUGGCACUGUCGGCGGCAGCAGCCCCCACAUGUCUAACGGUUCCAUGGCAUCAUCUCAGUACCCUCCACGCAACAUGACUUCCAUGAGCGGCCGUCUGCCAGCGCAUGCACCCAGGAAGCCUCUGCCGCCGCCAACCAUACUCACAUCGCUGCCCACACCUGGAAAGCUGACAGAGAACUCGAUGGUCUUUGACGCCGCCGACUUCGCGCCCCCAGUCACAUACCGUGACCGACAGAACGGCUUGCGCCCUGACAGCCCGCUCGGCACACCCAGGCCAUUCAGUCCUGCUGUCCGCCCGCACACACCUCUUGCCACCUCUUAUGACGACCUCGCUGUAAUGCCAAGUCCCCAUCUGCUCCGCAAGUCUGGCACUUUCACAGCGCUCGACUUUGCACCGCCACCAAAGUUCCGCAACGAAGGUGCGCCUUCCCGCCCCGGCUCGCCAGCGGGCUCGAUCCGCUCCAACCGCUCCGGCAUGUCCAAUAACGCACAGUACGCUAUCCGCAGCGGCGCCAACCGCGUCAGCCGGAUACCGAAGGAGGUCGUCACCACUAGAGACGACAUCAUGGACCAGCUGCGACCGCAGAUGAGUUUGGUGACGAAGGCAUAGUCUCACUGCGAUCCAUGCAUACGCCUUUGACGACAAUUUCAGCACAUUCCAGCUCACUGGCUGAGCUGCCCUUGAUCACUUCAAAAGCUCAUCGACAUCGCCUACGACGACUAUGGCAUAGAUAGCGUUCUCUUCUGGCUUUCUACCUUCUGGACCCACGGUCCGUCGCCUCUUCUCCUUGGAUCCUCAACUUCUGAGAUUCAGUGCGCCCAAGUAGUGUACAUAGGGCCUUUUUUAAAGCGAUUAGCGGCAAGGGCGGCGUUUACAAUGUCUAAUUUCUAUUUCUAAGCAGAUAACAUACAUUUCGGAGGGAGUGGAUAUAGGAGGAGACGUGGACAUGGAGAUGGAGGAGAUCUUGUAUGUGACAUAUAGAGAAAUCGAGAUGGAUAUACUGUUGAAACCCCAGCGAACCUUUUGCUCUCUGCUUCAAGUCAUUGCUCG